UUGCUUGGAAAUUACAUGGUUUGCUGUAGCUUUACAUGGAUUUUGAAGUAAACUACAUUACUGAUAAGUACAAAGGGGUGUCCAAGAUCAUCCUAGAAAUCCCUGGAGUUUGGACUUCUCGUUUGUUGCGGCGACUAUUUAGACAACAAUUCAACCAAACUUCAAACACCUCACUAUUGCUUCAUUGUAAUCUUUUAGCAUAUUUUUCAUCCCCGCACAAGAUUAAUGUUUGUCUUUCCUUCCUUCAACUACAGUCACUACAAAGCGCCGCGCGCCGGGCAGGGACGUCGUGCGCCAACUGCAAGACGACCACGACGACGCUCUGGCGGAGGAACCAGGGCGGCGAACCUGUUUGCAACGCCUGCGGCCUGUACUACAAGCUGCACAACGUAAACCGUCCCCUCACGAUGAAGAAGGAAGGCAUCCAAACGCGGAACCGAAAGCUGUCGUCAAAGUCGAAAAAAAAGAAGGGCGGCAUGGGCGCCGGGUCGUGUCUUCCACUUGGAGGCCACCACCACCAUCACCUGGGUGACCUGAUGAAACCGCUGGACCACAACCACAAGUCGGCGUUCCCGGGAGCGUUUCCUGGUGCGAUGGGCCAGCACAGCCACCUGUCCGGUGGGUUGCAUCCGGCCCACACGCACAUGCACGGCGGCUGGUACGCGACCGGCAUGGGAGCCCUCGGCACGUCCACCAGCCUGCAAAGUGGCUUCGGCAGUGCCAGCACGCUCGGCGGGGGCGUCGUGCCCCACUCGCAGUCGUACCACCUGGGAUUGAACUCGAUGAGCUGGCGCUCGGAAUACACGUGAUGGAGCAGUAACAACUUCAACACCAACCUGUUCGAGUUCAGCACGUCCCCAAAGCUGCAGUCUCACCAUCAUCAUCACCCCAGCCAUCAGUCAGACACCCUGCAGCAGCCGCCCCAUCUUCAUCCCGGGGUGGGCCUGCUGGAGCAUCAUCACUAUCACCAUCACCUCGGUGGUCACGAGCAUCAUCAUCACCUACACGUUCCCGCGCUGAGCACGGCCAGCAACAACAGCAGCAGCAGCCAAGAUCUUGAAGUGCAAAGUCAGCAGCAGCAACAGUUUCAGGAGCAGCAGCAGCAGUCACAGCUUCAUCAACAUCAGCUGCACCAUCUGGCGGCAGUGACAACGGCGAGUCAAGUACAAAUUUAAUGCAAGGAUUGCUCAUAAGUUCACAUGAGGGGCGGAUCAUGGAAUCAUUUUUAUAUUAAAGUUGCAAAUUGAAACCAUACCAUCUUUUUUCAAGUCUUUAUUGUUGUUUUUGCUGUUUUUAUUUCCUUCACUGGUACAAAUGGCUGGUACAAAUUUUUGUUUUCGUCGAAUCUUACA